UUUAACUGUCCCUAUUUCAGAGAAGAGGGCUGCUCUGAACUGCACUGAACUUCAGAAAUCACUGGAAGUGAAGAAUACUUUGGAUAAGCGCUAUUGCCUGACAAGGUAACAGAAUGGAGAACAAACAGCAAAGCAACGGUGAGAUCAAAGAAAAUAAGGUGGUGAAGAAAAAAACGAAUUGGUCUGGAAGUCUUAUCGUAGCCUCUUUAACUGGUGCUUUUGGCUCGUCUUUUCUGUAUGGUUACAAUCUCUCGGUGGUGAACGCUCCUGCAGUGUAUAUCAAGAAGUUUUACAAUGAAACUUGGGAAAGAAGAUAUGGCUUCUCAGUGGAUGAAAGCACACUGACUCUCCUCUGGUCCAUAACUGUUUCUAUUUUUGCCAUUGGUGGCCUUGUGGGUGCCAUAAUUGUUACCCCAAUUGUGAAGUUCUUUGGACGGAAAUGUACAUUGCUGCUCAAUAAUGUGUUUGCAGUGACAGCUGCAUUGUUGAUGUCCUUCUCCUUGCUGGCGGGGUCGUUUGAAAUGCUCAUACUGGGACGUAUUAUAAUGGGUGUUGAUGCAGGCAUUUCUCUGAGUGCCCUUCCCAUGUAUUUGAGUGAAAUAUCUCCUAAAGAAAUCCGUGGUUCAUUGGGUCAGGUCACAGCGAUUUUCAUCUGUAUUGGUGUUUUCACUGGUCAAGUUUUGGGGCUGCCAGAAAUAUUUGGGCAGGAAUCUCGGUGGCCUUACUUAUUUGGAGCGAUCAUUGUGCCUUCAUUGAUACAAGUUGUGAUUCUGCCUUUUCUUCCUGAAAGUCCUCGUUACCUUCUACUUGAAAAACAUAACACGAGCAAGGCAGAAAAAGCAUUUCAGACCUUCCUUGGGAAAGACGACGUGUCUCAUGAAAUAGAAGAAGUUUUGGCAGAGUCUCGAGUCCAAAGAAACACCAAGUUAGUGUCAAUACUUCAGCUUCUGAGAACCCGUGCUGUGCGAUGGCAGGUCAUUACCGUGGUUGUCACCAUGGGCUGCUACCAGCUCUGUGGGCUAAAUGCUAUCUGGUACUACACAAACAACAUCUUUAGUGAAGCUGGGAUCCAUCAUGAAACAAUCCCCUAUGUUACUCUAAGUACUGGUGCUGUUGAGACUCUGGCUGCUGUUUUUUCUGGCUUAGUUAUUGAACGGCUUGGACGCAGGCCUCUUCUCAUCGGAGGUUUUGGGCUGAUGGUUGUCUUCUUCGGAGUACUUACUGUCUCUCUGACUUUACAGAAAACCGUGCAUUGGCUUCCUUACCUCAGUAUAUUUUGCAUCCUUGCAAUCAUUGCAUCAUUCUGCAUUGGACCAGGUGGAAUUCCAUUUGUCCUCACCGGAGAGUUUUUCCAGCAGUCGCAGAGGCCGGCCGCGUUCAUGAUAGCUGGGACAGUCAACUGGCUCUCCAACUUCGCAGUCGGACUGCUCUUCCCUUUCAUUCAGAGUGGUUUACAGACCUACUGCUUCCUAGUGUUUGCUGCCAUCUGCUUUGCGGGUGCUACCUACCUGUUUUUUGUCCUGCCUGAAACAAAAAAUAAGACAUUUCAUGAGAUCAACCAGGCAUUUGCCAAAAGGAAUAAAGUGUCUUUAGAAAUGCAAGAAAUGAACCACUACCCAGGGGAGAGGAAAUCGAGUGCAGAACAAGAGUCAAACUUCACGUCUUCGGUGGACAAUGGGGAAACCAAAAAAGGGAUCGUGUAAACCCAGGAAGUUCUUUCAGGAGACGGGGGAAAACAUGUAUUUUUUCAUUCAGUAUGUUUAUAGCAAUGCACAACUUGUAUAUUUUAUGUGACAGCGUGAACUGCUUCCCCCUUGAAUGUGUUUUAAGUGAGUACAGGUGAAUUCGUUAGCAGCUAGGGUGAUGGUUGAGGAAAUGAGAGGCGGGAGUAGUGGCAGCUGAUUAAAUAAAUAAGAGCCAAAAUUUUCUUGGGCACCUGUGAAAUAGGUGCUGUGGUGGGAAUGUAGACUAGGAGAAGUAAAGUGGUGGUGGGGAACCAGGGUUGUGAGGAGCAGCUGGCUGAGCACCCCUGUGUGCUAAUGAGGAGGUGUGAGUGCAGUCACUGAGGAGGAGGAGGCAGGGAAGAGGGAAGAGAUCCCAGCAGGGGUCUGCUAAGAAUCAAUGCAAGUGAACCUGAAAUGGUACCAGCUUGCGUUUCUCCGCAUUUCCCAAUAUGUCAUGAAAGUUGCAGGUGAGAACUGAGGACUUCAAAGAAGGCUCGUGACACUCCCCUGACCUCCCAUUCCUUUUCCAGCUAUUUUGACUUUCAGUUGCUUUGUCUCAACAUCUCCCAGCUUCUCACAAAAAUGAGAGCUCUGGGUCCUGAUGGGUUUCCCUGUCUCUCUUGCAAAUCCUGAUCGACUAGUGAUAGAGUUGCCUCUAGUUUCUGGGUUUGCUGACGCUGCAUUUCUGUGGAUAUAUAUAUAUAUAUUUUUUUUUUAAUUCUAUUUUUUAAGAAUAGCUAUGGAAGCUUUAAUAUGAAAAGAAAACUAAACCUCAUGGUGAAGAGAGAGAACUCUGAUGGUACAUGUAGGGUGUAGCAUUAAAAAAAAAAUCAAACACCAGGUUUUUCAAGGGUUGGGAUUUUUUUUUUUUUUUGCUUUUCUUUUCAAGUUCCUUUUAAAACAAGUCUUAGGAGCUAAAAUUUCCGUGAGACCCAGUAAGUGUCAUUUCUUAACACUCAGAUCUCUCCAAAGGAAUUUGGGUGCCUUUUUCUUACUUAAACACUAAUUUUCAUUUGGGCAUUAGACUCUGAAGCUCCAGGCCUAGUUCACGUUAAUAUGCUUCUAAGCUAUUUAAUGCUGUGUAAAACUGUCCUCAGAGUCUGCUUAAUUUCAUGAUAGAAAGACUCAGCAGGCUCUCAGGGCUUAGGUGAUCCAUUCCCUUCCAUGUGGGAUUUUUUUUAACGAACAUCAUCCUUCUAGUUUGUGAUUUUGAUAAUAGUUCUUCUUGACCCUUCUAGGUACCUGGAUGCUGAGGAGGUAAUAAGCACUUUUAAAUUAAAUAGUUAGCUGUUUUAUAUGAAAACUCAGUGAGUCUUAGAGCUGCUCUCAGUUAGGAGUGAGGCACAAGAAGCAAGUGAAGCAUUUAGGUAGAGCCGGCUGCUUGCACGAGUUUUAUUUACUAAUCGAGGAGUUCAUAAAUUUUAGGGGUAUUUGAGGGGGGGGAAAUAAUAUAUGUACUCAAAUAUAUUCCAAAUAUAGAAAUAUAUAUGAAUAUAUAUUUUCUUAUGUAUACAAUGGAGAGUUGCUUUCCAAUAUUUGGGGUUUUUUAGAUUUUCCUGAGUGAUAAGCUGCUUAUUGUUUUGUUCUACACUGUAAAUUACACUGUAAAUUAAAGUCAGAGAUCCUAAUAUUCAGCUAUUACUACCAAAUGACAUAUAUGGUUUUAUACUGUGAUUUAUUUAUAUGUGGCAUAUUUACUGCACACAUUGUAAGCUGACCUAAUAGGGCAAUUUUACUGCUGGGUAAUGGAAGAAAAUUUGGUCUGAGCCUUUAUGCCAGGAUUUAUACUAUUUUACUGGGACAGAGGUACAGCAACAAGUAAGAAAAUGAAAAUAUAUAUGAGCUAGAGAAUGAAGAAUGAAAAAAAUCAGAUUUAUUAUAUUGGUGCUACUGUUAGGAAACAGAGUGAAUCAAGAUUAUACCAACUGAUAAUCAUAUAUAGAAGCUAAUCAAAUACUACGGAGAAAACCUGAAGAAAGAUGGCUUCUAAUUGUAGAAAACUUGUAAAACUAUACAUAGCAAAUGCACAUGUCAUCUUUCAGUGGCUUUAGUUGCCUAUUCCAUGUGUUACCUGAGUCUUGCUAAGUGGUUGAGUCACCAUCCCUGGAGAUAUUUAAAAGAUGGGUAGACAUAGUGCUUAGAGAUAUGGUUUAGUGAUGGUUUUGUCAGGGUUAGGUUGAUGGUUGGACUAGAUGGUCUGAAAGGUCCCUUCCAACCUUGGUGAUCCGAUGUAAAAAAUGAGUUUGAAUGCCAGGAAGAAAUUCUUCCUCUUCUGCCUGCAGGGUGAGAACGACAAGUUGAGACCCUGUCACUCAAAUUGAGAAUUACCUUACUUUGCAGUUAGAUCUACUAACAUGGUAUGAUGUGAUCUGAUUUGAGUUCAAGUGGCAGGAUUGGAAUCCAUUAUUAUUAUUAGAAUUAGAAAAAUUUAGCGCUUACUGCUGUUUAUUAAUGUACAUUACAGGCAUUACAUGUUGAUAACAUUGCCAUUGGAUAACUUCAAUAAAAUACCAUGUUGGCCUGAUAAGGCAGUUGUACUGGACUUCUGCAACAAGAUUAAAUCAUCUUACAGUUGCAUUUGGAGCCCAGCUCUGAAUGUGUUAGGAGAUGGUUGGAUAGAAUUUCCUCAGGGGCUUGUACAGAUUUAACAGCGGGGGGGUCGUGUUUUCCUCGUUUGCAAUCCCAUUUGCCCAUCUCUUGCCCUACCUGAGCUAGGCAUCUGAGACAGGCAGUGCCAGAUAGGCACUUUCUGUGCGGCUGCAAAGAUAGCUGCUGCACAUGGAGGACGCCGUGGGGCAGUGGUUGCAUGUCUCACCAGCCGUUUGCUCCAGCCCGUGGUACAGGCUAAAAGCGAUUCCAGUCUCCAGGCGAUGUGUAAGUGUGCAGGUGCUUUGCUCACCGGCCAGGGAAGGUGGCUGCGGUCUCCUUUGCCUUGGGUUGUGGAAGUUUCUGAGGAAACUUCAGAUGUGCCGGUACUGCAUUAACUUUCUCAUCUCUGACCCUGACGAAAGUUUUGUGGUGUUCUUCAAGUUGUUCCAUAAUGUGGGGUUUUUUUUUCCCGUUGUUAUGCUGCUAUAGCUUCUCCAGCAAUGAGAGGACAAAAUGGAAAAUAUCGGCAAUUUAUCAUUUGGUUUUUCUAGUUGAAUGUAUCAAAUUGUCUACAGCCCAUGUGUUUGUCAGUGAAUUGUUGUGUGGUUUCACGUUCUCUUUUCCUGUCUGUGACACUGGAGUGAAGUACUGCGAGAUGGUGUUUGUACGAGUAACCGCAAGUGGGUUAUGUGUGUGUGAUCAACUAUGUCCGUGCGCAGUGAUUGCAAAAUAAACCUUUGGAAUUAAACUAAAA